AAAAAUUAAUUAAAAGUAGCUUAAUAAAUUAAAUAAACGUUUUCAAAGCGGCAAUGUAUAAAAAUAAAGUUAAUGUAAAGUGCAGUGUUUGAUAGUGCUUGUAGUAUACUACUUUUAUUUAAACUAAAUAAAGUAAAUUGGAACUCUCUUUGCGGAAAGAACUUCAGAAUUCAACACAACCAAAAARCUAACAAUUAUUUGUUCAGCGACAGUGAAUUGGAAAUAUGUAUAUUGAUGUCUUAAGCUAUUACCAUUGUUUGGGUCGCACCCAUUUUAGUAUUAGAUUGGUUUUAUUUGAAUUUUUUAUUUUUAAGUGUCAAGCAAAUUACGAAAUUACGGUUUUUUUGGUGUGAAAUUGUUAGUUUGGCUGUGCUUCGAAGUGAAGGUAAAAAAUCGAUUUGUAAUUCUUUCCCAAAAAGUAAUUACCAAAAUAUCACCACCAUUCCUCUUCUUGUUAAUAAGAAAAAAAAAUUGCAUACAACCUUACUCCUGCAUAAGGCGAAUGAAUCUUUUGUGAGAAAUAUACGAAAUAAAUUUUGUAAGAAAUGUGGCACAAAUUGAAUCAGGGAAGGUGCUAUGUGAUUAUACCAAAGAAAAAUUAUUUUUCAAUGGUUCCAACAGUAUAUUAUAAAUUACACUAUAUUAUUGGCUUACUAUUAUUGCCGAUGAUAACGUCUGGUCAUAACUGUCAGCAUUUUCAUCCUAAAGCAGACGAGGUUGUCCAUGGCGUUCGCAUCGAGACGGCGGAUUCGGUGCAUCCACACCAGAGUACUCACAGCAUACACAAACGCAGCACAGACGCCGCUGACCAGCCAUUACGAAUUUUACUCUUCUACGAUGAAUCUGUUUUCAGAUUGGAUGAAGACAAGUUUGAGUUAAUCAAUAACACAGUAUUACCAGAGGCUGUGCAGUUUUGGGAACAGGCGCUGAUGGUGCGCGAAACAAAAGGUGUCAUUAGGCUUAACAGAAAAUGUAAUAGUACGCAAGUAUUUGUUAAAAAUGGUCUGACACACUGUAUCGACAACUGCAAGAAGAUGACAAUGUGCGGCGAGGUAGAAGUUCCCAAAGAGCACUUAGAUGUAUGUCGCAUUUGUAAUGCCACCGGGCAAAAUUGUCGGAAUGAUGAGUCCACACAGGCGGGUGACGGCAUUGAAAAUGCCGACUUUAUAUUCUAUGUGUCGGCACGUCAAACGGAGCGUUGUCAUAAGGGGCUAACGGUUGCUUAUGCAGCGCACUGUCAACAGGAAGCGCAUUUAGAUCGACCAAUUGCAGGCCAUGCCAAUUUGUGUCCAGAUAGCAUAAGUACAAAGCCACAAGAACUACAAACACUAUUAUCCACCGUGAAACAUGAGAUUCUGCACGCGCUCGGCUUUUCCGUCAGUCUCUAUGCUUUCUUUCGCGAUGAUGAAGGSCGACCACGUACCCCGCGUAAACCAGAUACAGGGAAACCCUACUUAAACGAGAAACUACAAAUCCAUCAGUGGAGCAAUCAGACAAUACGAAAGGUGGUACGCGAAAAAUGGGCGGUACGCGGCGGUCAUGUACGCAAAGUCGUCGAUAUGAUGGUUACACCACGCGUUGUGGACGAAGUGCGCAAACAUUUUGAUUGUCCUCUUCUGGAAGGUGCUGAAUUGGAAGAUCAAGGUGGUGAAGGCACAUCCUUAACGCAUUGGGAAAAACGAAUUUUAGAGAACGAAGCAAUGACAGGCACGCAUACACAAUCGCCAGUCUUUUCACGUAUAACGCUGGCAUUGAUGGAAGACUCCGGCUGGUAUCGUGCCAAUUACAGUAUGGCAGCAUCCUUGUCUUGGGGCAAAGGACUGGGUUGUAAUUUUGUUAUGAACAGUUGCAAAGAGUGGAUUCAGGCAAAUAACGGCAGUACGAGUAACGAACGGGAUAAUUGGUUGCGAGGCCGUUCAAUUCACCCAUUUUGCUCGAAAGUUAAACAGGAUCCCUUACAAACAGAAUGCACCGACGAUCGCAAUUCAGUGGCAUUGUGCAAUUUAAUACGACACGAUUACGAGUUGCCAAAGAAAUAUCAGAAUUUCGACAGCAUAAAUCAUGUGAAGAGCGGCGAAGAAGGCUACUACGGCGGUUCGGUAUCAUUGGCCGAUCAUUGUCCCUAUAUACAAGAGUUUACAUGGCGCAGCAAAAAUGUAAUUGUACGCGGUUCGCAUUGCCGUUUUGUCGAGAAUAAUCCAAAACCUGAAAAGAACUUUGCGCUGGAGAGCUACGGUAUCGGUUCAAAGUGUUUUGAUCACAGUGACUUUAUGUGGGAAGAGCGCUCAUGYCAUCAGACACGCGAAUGGCAACACUGGGGUUCGGGWUGCUACAAAUACGAAUGUUCCGACGGGCGUCUACAUAUUUUAGUGGCGAAUUACACAUACACUUGCUUCUAYCCCGGUCAGACGCUUUCGAUACGCAUCAAUGCRAACGAUUGGCUGCAUCGCGGCGCGAUCAUUUGUCCGCCAUGUCAUGAGCUGUGUGGUGAAGYAUUCGCUGAAAAAGGGGAGGAGUGUCGUAUGCGCGAGGAAGCGCCACCGGCUAAUAAAUAUCCGCGCGAUACAUUGACGUGUGCGGCGUGUGAGAGUGCGGCUUUCUGCCGAACAUUGUUGCUUGUUGCCAUAAUUGCUGCAUUUAGUUGGCGUCGUACGCAUAUUUUUAUAGGUUGAAACAUUUAUUCACAAAUUUUUUGUUUUUUUUUCUUCGUGAUUUUACCAUAUAA